GAAAAGAGACACCAUGAAGAAAGCAAUUAUGUUGACCUCAAACAAAAGGCUAUUGAUGAUUGGCUUCCUAUAACUGCUUCAAGAAAGGCCAAAUGGUGGUAUUCAGCUUUCCAUAAUCUAACCGCCAUGGUUGGUGCUGGUGUUCUCAGCCUUCCAUAUGCUAUGUCCCAUAUGGGCUGGGGGCCUGGAGUUACGAUUCUUAUCCUAUCCUGGGUGAUUACAUUGUACACGUUAUGGCAAAUGGUUGAGAUGCAUGAAAUGAUUCCAGGAAAGAGAUUAGACCGGUAUCAUGAAUUAGGGCAAGAAGCGUUUGGAGAGAAACUGGGUCUUUGGAUUGUGGUUCCACAACAAGUCAUUGUUGAAGCUGGCACAUGUAUUGUGUACAUGGUCACCGGUGGGAAAUCGUUGAAGAAAGCGCAUGACACUCUUUGUCCGGAUUGCACAAAUAUCAAAACCUCGUAUUGGAUUAUUGUGUUUGCUUCAAUUAACUUUGUUCUUGCCCAAUGCCCUAACUUCAACUCCCUUUCUAUCAUAUCUAUGAGCGCGGCCGCUAUGUCUUUGACAUACUCAACCAUAGCAUGGGCUGCUUCACUUAAAAAAGGGAUAGUCCCAAAUGUGGACUAUGGACCUAAAUCAACUAGCACUGCUGAUGGUGUAUUCAACUUCCUUUCCGCGUUGGGAGAUGUAGCGUUUGCUUAUGCAGGUCACAACGUGGUUCUAGAAAUCCAAGCAACUAUGCCAUCGAGCCAUGAAGUGCCUUCCAAGAAACCUAUGUGGAAAGGGGUUAUUUUUGCAUACCUAGGAGUUGCAUUCUGCUACUUCCCCGUCGCAAUUAUUGGAUACUAUAUGUUUGGUAAUUCUGUUGAGGAUAACAUCCUCAUCACACUCGAAAAACCUGCUUGGCUCAUCGCUACUGCUAACUUGUUUGUUGUUAUCCAUGUAAUCGGAGGCUAUCAGGUAUAUGCAAUGCCGGUAUUUGAUAUGAUUGAAACUGCCAUGGUUAAGAAGCUACACUUUUCACCUUCUUUUGCACUUCGAUUCUCAGUUCGCAGUAUAUAUGUUGCAUUGACAAUGUUGAUUGGCAUAUGCAUCCCGUUCUUUGGUUCUCUGCUUGGAUUUCUCGGAGGAUUUGCAUUUGCUCCAACAACUUACUUUCUUCCUUGUAUCAUCUGGCUUAAACUCAAGAAACCCAAGAAAUUCGGUUUGUCAUGGACAAUUAAUGUGAUAUGCAUCAUUCUCGGGGUCCUUAUAAUGGUAUUAUCCUCGAUUGGUGCGUUGAGAAAUAUCAUUGUACAAGCAAAGCACUACAAAUUCUUCUCGUAG